ACCAACCUCCCUCCCAGACCUUCUAAAGAGCAAAGCCUCCUCUUGAGAAAGACUUCUUCUCUUUAAAACUUUUUUUUUUAAAUAUGCAAAGAAAAACAAUGGUGACGACGUCGUCUCGUACCAAAUCAAACACCUCCAUGCUCCGUUCCCAAUCACCAUCCGGCCGAUUCUGCGGCGGUUAUUCGUCGUCUUCCUCCUCAUCCUCCUCAGCUUUCGCUUCGUCUACAAGCUCCAGCUUCUCAUCUCCGUCCUCAUCCUUCUUCAGCAACCACAGCCACCACAGAUCUGCGUCUCCGACGCGCGUGAAUCUCUACAACCCCCAGCCGUUAGCUCAAUCGUUCCGUUACUCUCUCGACAGCAGAUCUAUCUCCCCGACGACGAACAGAUCCAUCUCCGUCACGAAGAAAAAUCAGCCUAGCGGCCACCACCACCACAAGAUCUCUAACUCUUCGCCGAGGAGGUGUAUGUGUUCUCCGACGACGCAUCCGGGAUCUUUCAGAUGUAGUCUUCACAAAAACGUGGCGAAUCCGCACGGGCAAGGAACGGCGUCGUAUCCGGCGAGUAGUUUGAAUAUGAGGAGAUCUGCGAUGACGAAUUCGCUUGUGAGGAUUGGUGGUGUUGAAGGAGAGUGGGUGAGAAGGGCCUUGACGACUCUGAUAAGGCCUUCGUCGCAUCAUCUGAGACGAAGGGCUGCUUAUCAGCCUCGUCCCAGUAGGUUUUCGGCUAUGUCGAAAGCCGCUACUGAGUGUAAUUGA